AUGAAAAUGCAUGCACUUGAAAGUGAGAUGGAAAAAUUGCAAGUUAGGUUAGAAAAAGCUGCUGCUGAAAAAGAUAGGGUAGAAGUAAAAUUAGAGAACUCUCAAUCAGAAUUAGGGCAAGCCAGAGCAGAACUUGAUAAGUUACAAGGAGAAAUGACUAAGAUUCAAAAUGAAUGGGAACAAGCUAAAUCAGAGACAUCAUGGUUAUCAAUGGAAAAUGAACGGUUGAGAGAUCAAACUGAUAGAUUAAAAUCUGUUCAAGAACGUACUCAAACUUCUUCUGUUGGUAAAAAUCCAUUAUAUCAGACAGAUGAAACAGAUCGAAUGCAAGAAAGGUUAGAACGUGUUCAGUCUGAUUUGAGACGUGCACAAGCUGAGUUACGUAUGAAUCAAGCUGAACAGGAUCGUGCACGUGGAGAAGUUGAACAAUUGCAAGAAAAAGUUGAAAGAUCACAAGGUGAAGUUUAUAGAUUGAAAGCUAAAUUAGAAAAUGCUCAAAUAGAAAAGGAAAGUUUACAAGAAGAAUAUGAUCGUGUUCAAGCAGCUGUAGCCCGUUCCCAUUCUGAAAGAGAUGCUGCAUUAACUGAAGCAGAAAAGUUAAGAAGUGAACUAGAAAGAGUACAAGCAACUUUAAAUAAAGCACAAGUUCAGCAUGAGAAAACUCAAGCUUCCUUAGAUAAAGCACAGCUUGAUACAGAUCGUAUUCAGGAAAAAUUGGAUAAAGCAAAUGCUGAGAUACGUAGACUUCAGUCAGAGAGAGAGCGUGCUCAAUGUGAAGUUGAGAGUUUACAAAUACAGUUAACACAAAAUCAAAAUCAGUCUCAAAGAUUACAAAAAGAAAAAGAAGUUUCACAAUUAGAUGCUGAAAAAAUGAGAGAAAAAUUCGAACGAACUCAAACUCAAUUGCAAAGAGUUCAAAAGGAAAAGGAUGUCCUUCAUAAUGAAGUAGAAAAACUUCAAGAAAGAGUUGAUCUUCUUCAAACUCAGUUCAAUAAAGUGCAGAAGGAUAAAGAAAAUGCUCAGGCUGAAUUUGAAGUAGUUAGAGAUAGAUUAGAAAAAACUCAAAAUCAGUUAGAAAAAUAUCAUGUAGAUUAUGACACUUCUCAAGCAGAAUUAAGAGUAUUAAGAGAGAAACAAGAUAAAUUACAACAACAAUUACAAAAAGCACAGGAAGAUAGAGAGUUAUCAAGAGUUGAAUAUGAAAAACUGCUUGAAAAACUAGAAAGAUCUCAGUCUGAAUUGUACAAAAUUCAGUCUAAAUUUGAUCAGUCACAAGCAGAAAUAGACAAAUUAACAUUAGAAUUGGAAAAAUCUCAAGUUAUAUCGGCCAAAGCAAAAGAGGAACAACGAAAGUCACAGGAAGAGUUUGAUGGUCUUAAAGAUUUAUAUGCUAAAACAUACUCUCAGCUUUCUAAAACAAAGGAAUCUGAGGAAAAAUUUAAAGGGGAAUUAGAUAGAUGCCAAAUGGAACUUGAAGUUAUUCGAGACAGGUAUGAAAAAUCACAGGUAGAACUAAGAAGAAUACAGUCUGAACGUGAUAAAUUACAAGCAGAUGUAGAUCAUAUGUCUAUUGAAUUGGAUAGGAUACAAACUCAUAUUGGUAAAACACAAACUAGCCAUGAAAAAUCACAAGAAGAAAUUGCUAGAAUGCAAGUAGAACUUGAGAAAGUUUAUGAAAAAUUAGAUAGAUCUCAGGUUGAAUUAAGAAGAGCACAGAAUGAAAAAGAUAGAAUUCAGUCUGAUAAAGAAAAUAUUCAAGCAGAAUUGGAAAGAUAUCAAACACAAAUGUCAAAGUAUCAUUCUGUUCAAGAAAAAUCACAGGUUGAAAUUGAGAGGAUUAGAAUCGACAUGGAAAAAAUAAAAGAUAGAUAUGAGAAAGCACAAAUAGAAAUUGAAAAAUCAAAUCAACAAAAGGAAAUAAUGUCAGCUGAAAUUCAGAAGCUUCAGAAUGAUCUUGAUAGAAUACGAAGUGAUAAGGGAGUAACAAUACAAGAAAGAGAACGAUAUGCAAAUGAAAUAGAAAGACUGCAUAUUGAAAUUGAAAAAGUAAAAGAUAAAUAUGAAACUGCCAAAUUAGAUCUACAGAGAUUGCAAGAUUUUAAACAACAACAACAAGCUGAUAUUGAUCAACUUCAUAAGAGAAUAGAUGUAAGUCACACAAAAACAGAAAAAUAUGUUGAGGAUCAUCAAAAACAAGAAAUUGGUAAAAUAAUGAUUGAAUUUGAAAAAGUGAAAGAUAGACUUGAAAGAAAUCAGAUAGAAUUACAGAAAACAUGUCAAGAAAGAGACUCAUUACAAGCAGAAUUAAAAUCUUUACAAUUAGCUUUAAGUAGAACACAGUCACAGUUAGAAAAUGCUCAGUAUAACAAACAAACAACGCCAACUGAUUCUCAGCAAACAUCUAAUGAAAUUACACGUCUGAAACAAUUGUUAAGUAAAUCUGAAACAGAUUUACAAAAAACAUUAGCUGAUAAUAGUCGACUUCAAACAGAAAUAAGUAAAUUAAAACAAGAUUUAGAAGAUGCUGAUGUUUAUAUGGGAAGGUUUCAAGAAAAUGAAGUAAAAUUAAAAAGAAAGCUUGAAAAAAUGCAAUCUGAUUGUAAAAGAAUGCAUGAACAAUUAGAAGUAACUCAAACAGAAUUGCAUAGAACUGUUGAAGCAAGAGAUAAAUUGCAGAAAGAAGUACAGAAUUAUCAAGCUGAACUUGAACAUGCAAAAUCUGCAGUAGGAAAAACACAACAAGUUCAGCAAGUAUCCAAAACAGAAUUAGAAAAGUCACAGCAAGAAGUACAUAGAAUGCAAAGAGAAUUACAAAAAUUAGAACAACAAUUGCAAAAAACUACUUAUGAAAAUAAAGAACUACAUUCUGAACUGGAAAGAGCUGUUGAUGCUAUUGCUAUACUAGAGAAAGAAUUAGAAAACUCUCAUAAUGAAUUAAUGAAAUCUAAAGAGCAUAAUAAACAGCUUAAAGCUGAGCAAAUGAAAUUACAGAAAAGUUUCGAAAAGGGAAUUCAGAAUGAUGAAUUUAGAGCUGAACUAGAACAUCAAAGAUCUGAAACAAGAAAGAUGGCUCAAGAAGCUCAGCAGUUAAGAAAACAAUAUGAAAGAGCUCAAGAAGAAAUAAAAAAUUUUUCAGUAGAAAGAGAAAGAUUCCAAUCUCAACUAGAAAAAUUAGUACAAGAAUUAGAGAAAAGAGAGGCUGAUCUACAACAAUUACAUCGACAAGCAAAAAAAGUUCCUCAGGAUCAAGAUAAUGAAUUACUAAUGAUAAAAAAACAUUUGGAAGAAAAACAAAAAGCAUUAGAAGAAGUAGAAAAAAGCUUGAAAAAAAGAGCAGAAAGGAUAGAACAAAUGGAAACUCAUUUACAACAGGGAAGUGGAAGAAAUGAAAAGUUUAUGAAACAGUUUAAUGAAUUACAACAUAAAUAUAUUGAAUUAGAGAAAUCAAAGUCAAAAGCAGUUGAAGAUGCAAACAGAUCUCAGGCAGAAUUGGAAAGACUCCUUCAAAUUAUGACAAGUACAGAAGAAGAGAAAUUUGCUUUGAAUAACCAAAUAAAGGAAUUACAGGAUGCACUAAAGGAAAAAGAAGCACAAUUAAAUAAUUUAAAACGAACGCACCAAGCUGAAAAAGCACAUGCUGUUCAUUUGAUGAAAGAACCACGUAGAGAAGAAGAGCAUGCUAAAGACGCUGGCAAAUCUCAAAAUUUAGAAGAUCUACUGAAAGAAAAAGACAAUCAAGUUGAUAUGGCUAGAGCAAGAUUGACAGCAAUGCAAGCUCAUCAUUCAUCAUCUGAAGGAGCUCUUUCAAGUUUGGAAGAAGCAAUUAGUGAUAAAGAAAAGCAAAUUUCUCAGUUACGAGAACAAAGAGAUAGAGCUGAACAAGAGAGAAAUGAAGAAAGAGAAUUACACGAACAUGAAAUUGCUGAAUAUAAAAUGAAAAUGCAUGCACUUGAAAGUGAGAUGGAAAAAUUGCAAGUUAGGUUAGAAAAAGCUGCUGCUGAAAAAGAUAGGGUAGAAGUAAAAUUAGAGAACUCUCAAUCAGAAUUAGGGCAAGCCAGAGCAGAACUUGAUAAGUUACAAGGAGAAAUGACUAAGAUUCAAAAUGAAUGGGAACAAGCUAAAUCAGAGACAUCAUGGUUAUCAAUGGAAAAUGAACGGUUGAGAGAUCAAACUGAUAGAUUAAAAUCUGUUCAAGAACGUACUCAAACUUCUUCUGUUGGUAAAAAUCCAUUAUAUCAGACAGAUGAAACAGAUCGAAUGCAAGAAAGGUUAGAACGUGUUCAGUCUGAUUUGAGACGUGCACAAGCUGAGUUACGUAUGAAUCAAGCUGAACAGGAUCGUGCACGUGGAGAAGUUGAACAAUUGCAAGAAAAAGUUGAAAGAUCACAAGGUGAAGUUUAUAGAUUGAAAGCUAAAUUAGAAAAUGCUCAAAUAGAAAAGGAAAGUUUACAAGAAGAAUAUGAUCGUGUUCAAGCAGCUGUAGCCCGUUCCCAUUCUGAAAGAGAUGCUGCAUUAACUGAAGCAGAAAAGUUAAGAAGUGAACUAGAAAGAGUACAAGCAACUUUAAAUAAAGCACAAGUUCAGCAUGAGAAAACUCAAGCUUCCUUAGAUAAAGCACAGCUUGAUACAGAUCGUAUUCAGGAAAAAUUGGAUAAAGCAAAUGCUGAGAUACGUAGACUUCAGUCAGAGAGAGAGCGUGCUCAAUGUGAAGUUGAGAGUUUACAAAUACAGUUAACACAAAAUCAAAAUCAGUCUCAAAGAUUACAAAAAGAAAAAGAAGUUUCACAAUUAGAUGCUGAAAAAAUGAGAGAAAAAUUCGAACGAACUCAAACUCAAUUGCAAAGAGUUCAAAAGGAAAAGGAUGUCCUUCAUAAUGAAGUAGAAAAACUUCAAGAAAGAGUUGAUCUUCUUCAAACUCAGUUCAAUAAAGUGCAGAAGGAUAAAGAAAAUGCUCAGGCUGAAUUUGAAGUAGUUAGAGAUAGAUUAGAAAAAACUCAAAAUCAGUUAGAAAAAUAUCAUGUAGAUUAUGACACUUCUCAAGCAGAAUUAAGAGUAUUAAGAGAGAAACAAGAUAAAUUACAACAACAAUUACAAAAAGCACAGGAAGAUAGAGAGUUAUCAAGAGUUGAAUAUGAAAAACUGCUUGAAAAACUAGAAAGAUCUCAGUCUGAAUUGUACAAAAUUCAGUCUAAAUUUGAUCAGUCACAAGCAGAAAUAGACAAAUUAACAUUAGAAUUGGAAAAAUCUCAAGUUAUAUCGGCCAAAGCAAAAGAGGAACAACGAAAGUCACAGGAAGAGUUUGAUGGUCUUAAAGAUUUAUAUGCUAAAACAUACUCUCAGCUUUCUAAAACAAAGGAAUCUGAGGAAAAAUUUAAAGGGGAAUUAGAUAGAUGCCAAAUGGAACUUGAAGUUAUUCGAGACAGGUAUGAAAAAUCACAGGUAGAACUAAGAAGAAUACAGUCUGAACGUGAUAAAUUACAAGCAGAUGUAGAUCAUAUGUCUAUUGAAUUGGAUAGGAUACAAACUCAUAUUGGUAAAACACAAACUAGCCAUGAAAAAUCACAAGAAGAAAUUGCUAGAAUGCAAGUAGAACUUGAGAAAGUUUAUGAAAAAUUAGAUAGAUCUCAGGUUGAAUUAAGAAGAGCACAGAAUGAAAAAGAUAGAAUUCAGUCUGAUAAAGAAAAUAUUCAAGCAGAAUUGGAAAGAUAUCAAACACAAAUGUCAAAGUAUCAUUCUGUUCAAGAAAAAUCACAGGUUGAAAUUGAGAGGAUUAGAAUCGACAUGGAAAAAAUAAAAGAUAGAUAUGAGAAAGCACAAAUAGAAAUUGAAAAAUCAAAUCAACAAAAGGAAAUAAUGUCAGCUGAAAUUCAGAAGCUUCAGAAUGAUCUUGAUAGAAUACGAAGUGAUAAGGGAGUAACAAUACAAGAAAGAGAACGAUAUGCAAAUGAAAUAGAAAGACUGCAUAUUGAAAUUGAAAAAGUAAAAGAUAAAUAUGAAACUGCCAAAUUAGAUCUACAGAGAUUGCAAGAUUUUAAACAACAACAACAAGCUGAUAUUGAUCAACUUCAUAAGAGAAUAGAUGUAAGUCACACAAAAACAGAAAAAUAUGUUGAGGAUCAUCAAAAACAAGAAAUUGGUAAAAUAAUGAUUGAAUUUGAAAAAGUGAAAGAUAGACUUGAAAGAAAUCAGAUAGAAUUACAGAAAACAUGUCAAGAAAGAGACUCAUUACAAGCAGAAUUAAAAUCUUUACAAUUAGCUUUAAGUAGAACACAGUCACAGUUAGAAAAUGCUCAGUAUAACAAACAAACAACGCCAACUGAUUCUCAGCAAACAUCUAAUGAAAUUACACGUCUGAAACAAUUGUUAAGUAAAUCUGAAACAGAUUUACAAAAAACAUUAGCUGAUAAUAGUCGACUUCAAACAGAAAUAAGUAAAUUAAAACAAGAUUUAGAAGAUGCUGAUGUUUAUAUGGGAAGGUUUCAAGAAAAUGAAGUAAAAUUAAAAAGAAAGCUUGAAAAAAUGCAAUCUGAUUGUAAAAGAAUGCAUGAACAAUUAGAAGUAACUCAAACAGAAUUGCAUAGAACUGUUGAAGCAAGAGAUAAAUUGCAGAAAGAAGUACAGAAUUAUCAAGCUGAACUUGAACAUGCAAAAUCUGCAGUAGGAAAAACACAACAAGUUCAGCAAGUAUCCAAAACAGAAUUAGAAAAGUCACAGCAAGAAGUACAUAGAAUGCAAAGAGAAUUACAAAAAUUAGAACAACAAUUGCAAAAAACUACUUAUGAAAAUAAAGAACUACAUUCUGAACUGGAAAGAGCUGUUGAUGCUAUUGCUAUACUAGAGAAAGAAUUAGAAAACUCUCAUAAUGAAUUAAUGAAAUCUAAAGAGCAUAAUAAACAGCUUAAAGCUGAGCAAAUGAAAUUACAGAAAAGUUUCGAAAAGGGAAUUCAGAAUGAUGAAUUUAGAGCUGAACUAGAACAUCAAAGAUCUGAAACAAGAAAGAUGGCUCAAGAAGCUCAGCAGUUAAGAAAACAAUAUGAAAGAGCUCAAGAAGAAAUAAAAAAUUUUUCAGUAGAAAGAGAAAGAUUCCAAUCUCAACUAGAAAAAUUAGUACAAGAAUUAGAGAAAAGAGAGGCUGAUCUACAACAAUUACAUCGACAAGCAAAAAAAGUUCCUCAGGAUCAAGAUAAUGAAUUACUAAUGAUAAAAAAACAUUUGGAAGAAAAACAAAAAGCAUUAGAAGAAGUAGAAAAAAGCUUGAAAAAAAGAGCAGAAAGGAUAGAACAAAUGGAAACUCAUUUACAACAGGGAGGUGGAAGAAAUGAAAAGUUUAUGAAACAGUUUAAUGAAUUACAACAUAAAUAUAUUGAAUUAGAGAAAUCAAAGUCAAAAGCAGUUGAAGAUGCAAACAGAUCUCAGGCAGAAUUGGAAAGACUCCUUCAAAUUAUGACAAGUACAGAAGAAGAGAAAUUUGCUUUGAAUAACCAAAUAAAGGAAUUACAGGAUGCACUAAAGGAAAAAGAAGCACAAUUAAAUAAUUUAAAACGAACGCACCAAGCUGAAAAAGCACAUGCUGUUCAUUUGAUGAAAGAACCACGUAGAGAAGAAGAGCAUGCUAAAGACGCUGGCAAAUCUCAACAAACUGGGCCUGCCAGCUUCUUUUCUAGUUUCUUCUAAAAAUGAGUUUUGCUACCUCUUUUCUUUGGAGUCAGUUUUGGAAUGCUAUUUGGUUAUUGCAAUGGACAAUUUGUCUUCCGUAAUUACCCUUUGGGUAACAAAAUACUGAUAAAAUAAUAACACUCUGCCGUAAUUUUUUACUCUUCUUUCACAUACUCAUCAUCACAUUGGUGCAAUUGUCAAAUUCAGCAUGUUCAAUGUUGAUUAUAUCUGUGUUUUUGUGCCUUUUGAUAUAAAUACCUUUUAUGAGAGAUGACUAUAUGCAUGUUGGCUUAUAUUAAUCUCAUUAAUUUUAUUUAUUUUUAUAUUUUAAUUUAUAACUAUUUGUUCAGUUACUAUUAUUUUUUAUUUUUUUAUGUGUCAGUAUUAUUUUUAUUGUUUUUCUUUUGCCCAUUAUGCACCCACUUCUCCACUUUAGCCUUGUUUCAUAUACAAGUAUGGAUGAAAAUAUACAAGAGAGGAUAAAAUAAUGACUGCCAAGCCUAAUAUUAUUCAUGAAUGGUGCUAUUAAUACAUGUUGUUUUAGUAUUCCUCUCUUUUGAGAAGAGGAAUGAAAGUGAAAGAUGAAGGUGAAUGAUUUUAAAUAUUUUAAGAUAAAUGGAAAAGUACUAAAGAAGAUUUUGCUGAUUAUAAUUUUUUGAAAUUAGUGCACACUAUGUUCUAAUUAUGCAUUGAAGAAGUGAAUAAUUAAUGGCAAUAACUUUUAGAUAAAUUAAAUAACAAAAGUCUAUUAUAAACAAAAUUUAUUUAAAUGAGCAAUUGACACAGUUUGUGUUUAUUUGUUGUUACACUUUAAGAUAUUUAUAUUAUUUCAUAGUUAUAAAUUAUCAAAUAUAACAGCAAACAACGAAAUGCUAAACAUUUAAUUCAUUGAAAACAAUCAUGUAAUGGAUAUUAAGAUAUAAGAAGGUUUGACGGAAAUUGACAAACCGUAUUGUUUAUUAAAGUGGAAACCGUGUGAACUUUUUGAUAAGCCUUCUUAUGAGUUAUCACAUUGUUUCAUACUGUUGUGAACAUUUAACAUUUUAUAACAGUUAAUGUUUUAGAUAUUAAUGUAUAAAACAUUUAUUUAAUUAAAUUUUAAAAUUUGUCACUUUAACAAAUUCUUAUAUCAACAUCAUAUGAGAAACUAUAAUAUAAGUUAAAAUAUUAAAAAAAAUAUUCAUAAAGUCAUUUUUCAUAAUUUAUUUGAUAUAUUGAUCAUGAAUAUAGUCAGGGAUUUAUUAAGAUUUGAAAUAAUAAUAGAAGCAUAUUCAAUAUUGAAUAUUAAAUAUUGUAUGCUUCUUGAAAUAUAUUGCUGAAGUGUGUGUGUUUUUAUUAAAAUAGUUGUUUAUGACUGUGUGGCCAAUGGAGAUUACUUUCACUCAACCAAGGAAUUAACUGUAACAUCAUUGGAUUUAGUCAUGAAAUAUUAUACAAUGGAAAUUAUUAUUAUUUUCUCAUGUCAAAGAAUUGAUUUUUAUGUGAACAAGAAUAUAUUCCAGCCUUCCACAACCUUAUUUUGGUGUUCUGGGAAACAAAAUUCAGACUUAGAAUACUUUUAGUAACAUAAGAAAAAAAUAAUAAAAAUAAGAUACUGGAUAAUAAACCAAUAAUAUACAAUAAUCAUCAAUGAAUUUAAGUGAUAUUGUUGUACAACAUAUUAUUUUUUAAGGUGUAAUAUAAGGAUUAUCAUACAUAAUUAUAAACUUAUCAUACAAAUUUAACAUAAAAUUUAUAAAUUUUAAACAAACACGAGCUCUUCUUCAAAAUGCCUAAAGUUUGAUUUAUGAGAUACAUUUGUAAUUUAUUAUUUUUUUUUUCAAAAUAUGUAAAUGAUUUAACCAAUUGAAAAUAACAAUUUAGUUUGUAGUUUUUAACAAUACUCCUAAGGAAAAUGAACCAUUUCAGUUAUUUCUGUCAUUAAAAAAUAAGUACAAACUCGAGGAAUUUAUACAUGAGCCUGUUUACAGAAUUCUCUUGGAUUGAUUGAAAUAUAUCCAAUAAUAAAUCCAGUAAUAAGGAUUAUAGAUAAAUUUCUUUGAAAAACACUCCCCACAUUAUCACCUUCCAUUUUUAUAAUUCAAGCGUUUUAAUCUAAACUAUGCAAUUAUUAAUUAUAUUGUUCUAGGAAAGUAUGAAUAGGUGACGGAAUGAAUGUUUGCAAUUGUUGGAACUUGUUAUUUGGUUUCCAACUAUUGAAAGUAAUUAUUGAUAUUUGUUUAUAGAUAGAAAGUAUAGAUAUAAAAUUAAUAAUUAUUCCAACAAGUUUUAUUGAAUCAACAUUAAUCUUGUUGAAAUUUACAAAUUCAAAUAUAAUAUCAUCAUCAUGUGUUAAUAUAUAUGUACCUUGGUUUUAAUUAAGGGAAUAUUUAUGCAUUUAUAAAUAUCUGUGAAAUACAUUUACGGAUGUGUGCGUACUUGAUAUGUGUAAAACGACUUUGUUGUUAAAUAUUGUGAAAUUUUGUGAUUAAUGUAAUCGAUAUGUUGUUAUUCAAAUGCUUCUAUACAAUUAAUUGUAAUUAAAAUUGUACAAAAAUUCGUUUUUAUUUCAGACCACUGUUCUAAAUUUUGUACUAAUGCGCUGUACAGAAUGUGACGUUUUAUAAUUUAGAGAAUACCAUUAAUUUGUAUAGAGAGCACCGUUGUUAAUAUAACUUACAUAGAAGAUGGUAUAACUAUUUGAUAAUGCUGAACAUGCUCAAGUACUAAAUUUAGAACAGACUAAGUGUAUUUAUUUUAUUUCUAUAUUUGUUACUUUGAUAUUUUGCAAUACUAUUUGUGUAAGAAUUUAUAUUGUCUGGACAAUAGCUAAAAUGUUUGGAAACUUUUUGUGCUUCUUGAAAGAUGUUUUUAAAAACAAUAUAAUUUUUUGCAAAUUUUAGUAAAUGAUAUUGUAUAUGACAAACAUAUCAGUGAAAAUAUAGUUUAAAUUAAUUGGAUAUAUAUAAAUAUAUAUACAUAUAUGACAAUAUUGGAAGAUAGUUUGUGUUGUUUUCCGAUAAACAAUGGUUACUAUAUCCAGUUGUAAUUCAGUAUUAUCAUAUAUAAAAAAAUAAAUACACACAAAUGCACUUAGAUGCAAUAUACCAUCCAUCGUAUCACAAGUUUUCAAAGAAGAAAACAAGUCAAGAAUUAUUCUUUUGUUGAAAUUAAAAUUUUGACGGAAAAUUAGAAAUAAAAUUGGUCUGCAGUUUUAAUAUCCAUAUGAAUUUUCAAAUCGGUGUGUCUUGGAUUUAUAGAUAUAAUUCUAAUUAAAAUUUGGAAAAUAUAAAAAUUGUAUUAUUGGUUUGUCUGUUAUUUAGAAAGUUAGAAGACUCCUCAAUGGAGUUCUUCAUUAUUUAUUUAUUUAUUACAAAUCUCUUAGUGUAUCGUUAAUUAUAAUUUUGCAAAGUAUUGAUAUUACCAGUACUGCAUUAAUUUUUAUGAAUUUACUCAGUAUAGAUUUACAAUCAUUACAAUAUGGAAGUAAAUGUCUAGAUAAAACAGUAUUUAUUUCAAGACAGUAAUGUAAAUACAGUAUUAAGUUUCUGAAAAUUCAUAAUAAUGAAAAUAAAAUUACAAUAAAAAAAAUUUCAAGAAUUAUCCUCUGUGUUGUAAUCCAGUAUAUGUCAUUUAUGUAACUAAUGUCAAAAUUAUAAAAAGUUAUA